UAGUAGUAGCGUUAGAUAACCACAGCGUCGGAUCAUUUAUAGUUAAGCAUGUUAAUUUCAUUACCGUGGACCGGUUUCUUGUUUUUAUAAUUUUUGAUAUUAGUUUUACUGAUAGUUCUUAAAAUUGUGCGGUAAAAAUGUUGAAGGAAAAAUGUGGUUUGUUAUUUAUUUUACUGAGUUUUAUUAUGAUUAAUCUAUCUACCGCGCAUCGUGAUCCACCAUGGAAUGACACAAUAGUUAAUACUGAUAGUCUGUACGAAAUGAUCCCGUCGGAACGUGAGGGUUUCCACCAUCCGGAAGCGAAUUUGUAUGCAGAGCCUAAUAGUGCGUUUAUGUCGUUGAAUGGCACAUUAGGCACAGUGCAUAUAUCGAGGGAUGCGGCACCGGCUGAUGAAUGGCUAACCAGCGAUACGUCUGCCGAUAGCGGACGACAUGUACGCGAAACCGGACCGGAACACUCCAGAACAAUGUCAAAUCUUGAGAAUAAUAAUCGGGAUAAAACCUGGGGACGAGUGGCGAAAAAGAGCGGCCGGCGACAGUCUCUACAAACCAGCCGAAACCCGGCUAAAUAUUUACCGUAUUCGCCGUCACAUGGGAAAUCCGAUCAGUUGACCGGUGAACCCGAGUGGAUUCUCUCACGACAACGCCGCCAAGCGCCACCCGCCAAAAGGUCAGGAGGCCUGCGCCGGUGGAAGAGGAAGAAGAAGAGGAAGAGAUGCCGUCACCACAAAAAAAAUCCCCAAAAAGUCUAGCGGAUACGGCGUACUAUUCGUACGAGGUGGAUAAAGCCGAUAAAGGCGGGAUCAAAGGGUUUAAUAAGAAAUCUGCCAAUAUGGAAGUUUCUGAUGACACUUCGGAUGCGGAUCCGGACGUUUUGGCGUUCGACAUAGCGAUGCCCCCGCCUCCAUCGCCAGCAGGGGCGGAUGCGGAAUGGGAUGUCCGAACACUCCGGCAAUCAAAACUCUCUGCCAUGCAAAUGGCCCACCAAGAUUUCCGCCGACAAAUGGGGACUCGUCCAGCUCAGUGUCCAGAUCCCGUGAAAUUCAUGAACCUGUUUGUAGCGCAGGGUCAACCGACCGGUCCGCAACACGAAGCACCAUGGGUUUGGGCGGUUGGCAGGCCGACAAACCGUACACGUUUUGCCUAUGAAAGUGAACUUGCCGGCCGACGAGCUGCUGACCAAUUAGGCCAAGCUGAUCCCAGUCGCAUGUUUGAUGCGUGGAACAAUCAAGCGUUGAAUGACGACGAAGACUGUUUUGCUUUACCGGAAAUCGAGUGCAGUCCGCGCAAUGCAUAUCGUACAUUUGACGGCACCUGCAACAACCUGGAAAACCCAUUGAAAGGCACAGCAGGCGCCCCGCAGCGACGCAUGGCGCCGGCCAAUUAUGCCGAUGGAGUCUCCAAACCGCGUGACCUUUCGGUGGUGUCCAAAGCGCAGGGCCGCGCGGUGCCGCUGCCGUCAUCGCGGCGCGUCAGCAUAUCGCUGAGUAAAAGUGUCAACUUGCCAAAUAAUCGCGUAACUGCCAUGUUCAACCAGUGGGCACAGCUGAUCGCCCAUGAAAUUAUCAACACUCCUGUUGAAAAAGUCCCGGAUCCAAAUAACCCCCAAAAUUCAGUCACCCCAAAGUGCUGUGAUACAACGGCAGCCUGCCUUCAUCCAGCGUGUUUCCCCAUAUCCAUUCCCCCGGAUGAUCCCUUUUACACACAGCACGGUUUGCACUGUCUGGAAUUUGUUCGAGCCCAGCCAGCCCCCCGGGAGGGCUGCAAAAUAGGACCUCGACGACCAAUUAAUCUAAAUACUGCCUACAUUGACGCUUCCAAUAUGUAUGGAUCUAAUAAACGCGAUGCAAAGCGACUCAGAGCCGGGCGACAUGGUCUCCUGAAAAUUAACACAUCUCCCAUCGCUCGCGAACAAGGUCUUAUAAUGGUUCCAGGAGGAAAAAAUGCAUUGGGUUGUGUUGCGCCGUCACCGGACAUGACAUGUCCAGAUGCCGGGGAUUUACGAAUCAAUCAGCACACCGGUUUAGUAGCCAUCCAUUCGCUUCUGCUGCGCGAGCAUAAUCGUAUAGCAACAUUUAUCUCUAAGCGGCGUCCAGAAUUAUCGGAUGAGACUGUCUUCCAAGUUACACGGAAAAUCAUGGGAGCCAUUAUGCAGCACAUAACCUAUAAGGAAAUGAUUCCACUUAUUGUCGGGCCUAAUAUUUUUAAUAAUCCCGCGAAUGGACUGCGUCUGGAGAAGAGCGGUUUUUGCGAUUGUUACGAUGAAGAUAUCGACGCGGGCAUCACUGUGGAAUUCGGAGCGGCGGCCUUUAGAUUCCAUACAUUGUUGACCGAUUGGCUUCCCGUGCGUGAACCCAAUGGAAAAUUCUAUCCUCUGUAUCAGCACUUUAGCAAUGCAAAAAUGUUCUACAAACCCGGUGUUAUUGACGAGCUGUUGGUUAAUUUCCCUCAUGAUAUUCCGGAAAAAUUUGACCACGAAUUUGGCUUCAUCAUGCAGAAUCAGCUGUUUAAACCACAGGACCGACCUUUCGGAUCGGACAUUAUGACCCUGAACCUGCAACGAGGCAAAGACACCGGAACGCCCACGUAUGCACAGAUGCGCAGUGUAUGUAAACUGCCUCCAAUUCGCUCCUUCCCCGAACUGGAGCGUGUUAUGGCACCGGAAGCGGCACGGAAAUUGUCCACUGUAUAUAAGUCAGUGCAAGACAUCGAUUUGUUUGCUGGUGGCGUAAGCGAAAAUCCUGUGAACGGAAACGGUUUAGUGGGCCCUACAUUUGCAUGUAUCAUAACCGAGCAAUUCAAGCGACUGAAGCAUGGAGAUCGUUUCUGGUACGAGAACCAGGGAAUCUUUACUCCAGAUCAACUAAGAGAAAUUCGAAAGACAAGCAUGGCAGCCCUGUUGUGUAUUAACUCUCCAACAGAAGCAGUACAGCGUCAGGCUUUGUUACGAGAUUCGCCGGCGAAUCCCAUCGAGAGUUGUGAAGAAAUUUUAUCAAACCAAAUGCGCUUGGAGCCUUUUUUGGCGAAUAUUGCAUCAGCCAGACCUGAUUCAGCGUAAGCACCGGAUCUCAGAAACGCAGUUUCUCGUCUUUGAAUUGUUGCAAUACCGAGCAGAUUUUGUAUUUCUAAUGGAUGUGGUAUAAGGUGUAAUUUACUACACUUUUGUUUUUGAUAUUUCGAUUGUAUAAUUAUCGUACUGUCGACAUUUAUUAGAGAAAUCUUUGCACAGUAACAGUCCUUUAUACAGUCCUUUUAUUGAGGUUUGCUUAAAUGGCAUGAAGUUUUGUACAAAAGUCGACAAUACGCAGCCAACAUUCCAAACAAUGGAAACCAACGAACACCGGAAGCCGGCUUCUUGUAGCUUUAACAAUGUACUCGCGAACGGGAACGCUGAAAAAAAUUACGAUAAACGGAAAAUUAGUGUUAUUACGGAAAACAGUUCUAUGUUAUG